CUCAGUUGGGUUUCUUCAUUUCCGAUCGUUCUUGUCUUGCUCCCAAAGAAAACUGAGUGGUGAAGGAGAAAAAGAUCUUGAUAUGGAGAGAUUGCAAAGAAUGUUCGCCGGCGCUGGAGGUGCGUUGGGGCACCCGCCGCCAGAUUCUCCCACUCUUGACUCGUCAGAGCAGGUUUACAUUUCCUCACUUGCCCUACUGAAAAUGCUCAAACACGGGAGAGCAGGAGUUCCAAUGGAAGUCAUGGGUUUGAUGUUGGGGGAAUUUGUAGAUGAGUAUACUGUCCGUGUUGUUGACGUUUUCGCCAUGCCUCAGAGUGGUACUGGUGUAAGUGUUGAAGCCGUUGAUCAUGUCUUCCAGACGAACAUGCUUGAUAUGCUUAAACAAACUGGAAGACCUGAAAUGGUGGUUGGUUGGUACCAUUCUCACCCUGGAUUUGGAUGUUGGCUAUCUGGUGUCGACAUUAAUACUCAACAGAGUUUUGAAGCACUAAAUCAGAGGGCUGUAGCUGUGGUGGUGGAUCCCAUACAAAGUGUGAAAGGAAAGGUGGUUAUUGAUGCUUUCCGUUUAAUAAAUCCACAAACUAUGAUGCUUGGCCAAGAGCCAAGGCAGACAACAUCAAACCUUGGGCAUCUUAACAAACCUUCCAUUCAAGCACUAAUCCAUGGAUUGAAUAGGCAUUAUUAUUCAAUAGCUAUUAACUACAGGAAGAACGAACUUGAGGAGAAGAUGUUACUGAAUCUUCAUAAGAAGAAAUGGACUGAUGGAUUAACACUCCAACGGUUUGAUACCCAUUCCAAAACCAAUGAGCAAACUGUUCAGGAAAUGUUGAGUCUGGCAAUUAAGUACAACAAGGCGGUGCAAGAAGAGGAUGAGCUGUCCCCGGAAAAACUAGCAAUUGCAAACGUGGGAAGGCAGGACGCCAAGAAACAUCUAGAAGAGCAUGUCUCCAACUUAAUGUCUUCCAACAUUGUUCAGACAUUGGGUACCAUGUUGGAUACAGUGGUCUUCUAGUAGUGUGUGUCUACACAACAAGAAAAGGCAAACCCUUAAAUCCCCAUCGACAAAAGACUGGCUUGUUCUUGAAUGUUUUUUUACUUAUGAACUAUUGUAGUUCCUGCUAGAUCAUACGAAUAUCGGUUUACAGUUGUGUUAAAUUGUUUUAUGGAAUUGCACUUGGACUCAAUUGAACUGAGUAACUGAUGAGUCUCAAUUUCUA